AUGUCCGUCAUUGCCCACGUCGAUCACGGCAAGUCUACCCUGACCGACUCCCUUCUCGCCAAGGCUGGUAUCAUCUCCAGCGCAAAGGCCGGUGAUGCUCGUUCCAUGGACACCCGUGCCGACGAGCAGGAGCGUGGUAUUACCAUCAAGUCGACCGCCAUCUCCCUGUACGGUCAGCUCCCCUUCGAGGAGGAUCUCAAGGACAUCGUCAACCAGAAGACCGACGGUAACGGUUUCUUGAUCAACUUGAUCGAUUCCCCCGGUCACGUUGAUUUCUCAUCUGAGGUCACUGCUGCCCUGCGUGUCACUGAUGGUGCUCUCGUCGUCGUCGACACCGUUGAGGGUGUCUGUGUCCAGACCGAGACCGUCCUGCGUCAGGCUCUUGGUGAGCGCAUCAAGCCCGUUGUUGUCAUCAACAAGGUCGAUCGUGCUCUCCUCGAGCUUCAGGUUUCCAAGGAGGACUUGUACCAGUCUUUCUCCCGUACCAUCGAGUCCGUCAACGUCGUCAUCUCCACGUACCUUGACAAGGCUCUUGGUGACCUCCAGGUCUACCCUGACAAGGGUACGAUUGCUUUCGGUUCCGGUCUGCACGGUUGGGCUUUCACCAUCCGUCAGUUCGCUACCCGUUACGCCAAGAAGUUCGGUGUCGACCGUAACAAGAUGAUGGAGCGUCUCUGGGGUGACAACUACUUCAACCCCCACACCAAGAAGUGGACCACCAAGAGCUCCCACGAGGGCAAGCAACUUGAGCGUGCCUUCAACCAGUUCAUCUUGGACCCCAUCUUCAAGAUCUUCUCCUCUGUCAUGAACUUCAAGAAGGAGGAGAUUGCCACUCUUCUCAGCAAGCUUGACCUUAAGCUCACCGCUGAGGACCGUGACAAGGAGGGCAAGCAGCUCCUCAAGGCCGUCAUGAAGACUUUCUUGCCCGCUGCUGACUGUCUCUUGGAGAUGAUGAUUCUCCACCUUCCUUCUCCCGUCACUGCCCAGAGAUACCGUGCUGAGAUGUUGUACGAGGGUCCCGCUGAUGACGAGGCCGCUAUCGCCAUCCGCGACUGCAACCCCAAGGGACCUCUUAUGCUCUACGUCUCCAAGAUGGUGCCCACCUCUGAUAAGGGUCGUUUCUACGCUUUCGGUCGUGUCUUCUCUGGUACCGUCAAGUCUGGCCUCAAGGUCCGUAUCCAGGGUCCCAACUACACCCCUGGCAAGAAGGAGGAUCUCUUCAUCAAGGCUAUCCAGCGUACCGUCCUGAUGAUGGGUGGCAAGGUUGACCCCAUUGAUGACAUGCCUGCUGGUAACAUCGUCGGUCUCGUUGGUAUUGACCAGUUCUUGCUCAAGUCUGGUACUCUUACCACCCUCGACACCGCCCACAACCUGAAGGUCAUGAAGUUCUCCGUCUCUCCUGUCGUGCAGCGAUCCGUCCAGGUCAAGAACGCUCAGGAUCUGCCCAAGCUCGUCGAAGGUCUCAAGCGUCUCUCCAAGUCCGACCCUUGUGUCCUGACCAUGUCCAACGAGUCUGGUGAGCACGUCGUUGCUGGUGCCGGUGAGUUGCACUUGGAGAUUUGCUUGAAGGAUCUCGAGGAGGACCACGCCGGUGUUCCCCUCAUCAUCUCCGACCCUGUCGUCCAGUACCGUGAGACCGUUGUUGGCAAGUCCAGCAUCACUGCUCUGUCCAAGUCUCCCAACAAGCACAACCGUAUCUACAUGGUUGCCGAGCCCAUCGAUGAGGAGCUUGCCAAGACCAUCGAGGACGGCAGAAUCGGACCCCGAGACGAUUUCAAGGCUCGUGCCCGUAUCUUGGCCGACGACUUCGGCUGGGAUGUCACCGAUGCCCGAAAGAUUUGGUGUUUCGGUCCCGAUACCACUGGUGCCAACUUGCUUGUCGACCAGUCCAAGGCUGUCCAGUACCUCAACGAAAUCAAGGAUUCCGUUGUCUCCGGUUUCCAGUGGGCUUCCCGCGAGGGUCCCGUUGCCGAGGAGCCCAUGCGUGCCGUUCGUUUCAACAUCAUGGAUGUUACCCUGCACGCUGACGCCAUCCACCGCGGUGGUGGCCAGAUCAUCCCUACUACCCGCCGUGUCCUGUACGCCGCAGCCCUGCUCGCCGACCCUGCUCUUAUGGAGCCCGUCUUCUUGGUCGAGAUCCAGGUUCCCGAGUCCGCCAUGGGUGGUGUCUACGGUGUCCUCACCCGCCGAAGAGGUCACGUCUUCAACGAGGAGCAGCGUCCCGGUACUCCUCUCUUCACCAUCAAGGCUUACCUGCCCGUCAUGGAGUCUUUCGGUUUCAACGCCGAUCUGCGCCAGGGUACAUCCGGCCAGGCCUUCCCCCAGCUGGUGUUCGAUCACUGGCAGCACUUGCCUGGUGGCUCGCCCCUCGACGAGAAGUCCAAGGUCGGUACCAUCGUUACUGAGAUGCGUAAGCGCAAGGGUCUCAAGGUUGAUGUGCCCGAUGUCAGCAACUACUACGACAAGCUAUAA